ACUGAACUAACAUUUCAAUGAAAAGAAUUUUAAUUUAUUUGUUUACGUAGUAGACGUCAUUUCGUUAAGCUUGGCACACCUUAUAUAUGUACAGACUUCUCUAGGAAGCCACCUUGUUAUGUAAUCAAUGCAAACAUAAUAUUAUCUCAAACUGAAAGGAAACUACAUACAAUACACUUGAGUUUUUACCGUGUGUUCAGUGAAUUUGUGUAUGUCUAAUAAAAGAGGAUGUGAUUGUGCCCUGUAUAAUUUUUCCUGACCUUCAACCUUUUACUGGUGAAUAAAAAAAUUAGUUAUUGUAUGGACAUUUCACGAAGCUGAUGUAUUUGUGUUUGUGAUAAUAAUUGGUUUUGUUUGGAUUUCUGGAAAUGGCAUAACAAAAAUUUUAAACGAAACCAAAAAUGGAUGCUGAAACUGGAGAAUUUUACCUAGACCUUGAAACUGGAGAAAUAUCCGAAGCCCCCACAGUCCAAAAUGUCGAAACGGGGGAGUACGAAUAUACCAGAACUUUUAAAAUCCCAAGCUACUACUACAGAAGAUACCAAGAAAGAAAAGAAAAAACCAACUGCACUCCACGUAAAGCAGAUCCCCUGGAGUCACAGUUGAUUACCGCGGCUAUUUUUCUACUACCGACAAUGAUAUUCUUCCAUCCCAUCAUGCUCGUUUUUGUUUGCGUGAUAGAAAUAUUUUUACAUACUCGCAUUCACAGAAAGAACAAAGAACUAGAAGAUCUGUCCUUUUAUUACCAGAGCCCAUUACAUGGCCUUACAAAAGAGGUAUGUGCUAGAUGUAAAGACGAAAAAGCCAAGAAUAAGAUCGCGAAGCUGCAAGACAAGCAGCAUGAGAAAUUCAAGAAUUACAUCAAAAGGGUUGUAACUUAAUAUAAAAUUAGUAAUUCUAUCAGAAAAUAAUUGUUACACAAUUAAUAUUAUAAAAAAUAUACUGAUGAAAUUAUGUAGUUUUUAGGUAGUUAUAUAUUUUUAUAUUAUUAAUUUUUUUUAUAAGACAACUAGAUAUUAAAGUUAUAUGUUAAAAUAAA